AUGGCGGCAGUGCUGUGUGCUGUCAAGAACAUUCGCAGCUGGAGUCUGAGCGACUGGAGCUCGUUUGCCGCGGUGCUCUGCGCAAUCGACUGCACCGUCCUGCCGGCUCUUGCAGCAUUACUGCCCGUCGUCGGCCUUCUUGGAGACUCUGAAGGCGCUCACGACCACCUCCAUUUCUAUUCGCACCUGGCAGCGCUGUACGUUGUGCUGCCUCUGGGAUUCGUCGCGCUCGUGCUGAACUAUCUGCAGCACAGGCGCACAGCUCUACUUGUGUCGGGUCUCGUCGGCCUCGCGAUUGUUUUUGUCACGCAUUGCCACGAUAGCAUCCCUUUGCCUCACUGGUUGCACUGGAUCGCUCACGACCAUGCACUCAUUGGCGCUGUAGGCUCGGCCUUACUGAUUUCGACUAAUUACUUAUCUCACAAAGCCAUACACGGCAUGGAUUCUGCGAGUUCGCAUGCCUCUUGCUGCGCGUCGAAGGGGCGGUGCCCCAGCAAGCAGCAUGGGGGACCAGAAAUGGUCACGCAGUCGCCGCAGUCAAAAAAGAACUAA